AUGUAUGGUACUGGUACCAGUACUGGUGGAGGACUUGCGGUCAAUGCACACCAGAGAUUCCCGGAUCGAAUUUUGUUUGUCAUUUUUGUAGGAAUUCGCUUUUUGGAAAAAAGUAAACUUACAAACAUGCAAACGAACAGACUUAACAACUUAAACAUAGCUUUAUUAAACAAAGAAAUUCAGCCUCCCAACACCAAUACAAAUUUAUUCAAUAGACGAAAGUUUUACACCUACUUUUAUCCUAAUGAAACCAUUUUCAACGUGAACGUUCCCAAUUCUUAUUUUAAAAGGUUCACACCAGAUGGCAAUUACAUGAUAGGCUUUUCACGAGAUCAGAAUUUUGUCCAACUUUUCUAUUUCGAGUACACUUACCUUGAAACUUCUUUGGACGCCAAUGCCCUGUAUGAACAGCGCAUCACCUCCAGUCAAUCCGAAACUCUUUGCAAAGAAUUCUGUUUGAUCACAUCGAACCAGAAAUAUAUGAUACUUGCGUCGUCUUCACCAUCGAACUGUUCGGUGGAAGAGGCUCGCCUGUACCCCUGUUCAUUAAAUUGCAUCCCGAACUUUGAUGACAUCACAUUUUACCUUGUAGAGUUAGCGACAGGAAAGACUUGCGACACACGUACUUAUAAAAACGAGUGCAUUCAUUUAUUGUAUCAUUCUGGAGUUAGUCUCAUGGGAAAUUUAUUUUCCAUCAUGUCAAUUCAAAAUCAGACGAUACGCAUUCUUCAUAUCAAGGAUGAUGGUCGUUUUAUUGAUGUACAAGAUGUCGGAUGGCUUAGCUAUGACGAUGAUGAACUUGUGCUGGCUCGUUACCGUGACUUUGACCUCCAGUAUAAUGCUCAGCGAAAGAUAGCGAUCAGCCCAACCAUUCAUAGAAACGCAUCUUCUGACUUCAUGGAAUUGGACGAUGAAAGAUACGCAUUUUCAUCAUCUUUCCUUUCAAGCAAUUCACUUAAUGACAUGACGGAAAACAAGGUCCCAUCCCCGAAUACUUUUUCGAGCCCGCAACAGGGCAUUGCAACUGGAAUAAGCGUAAACGCCGAGGCUGCUACACCUAUAAGCGGUAUCAAGCAAAGGAUGUUGUCGUAUUUAUUUAAAAAGGCCUAUCACUCUAAUGACGGUGGUUUGGCUCUACGCCAUUUUUAUCAAAUAUUUGCACAACUUGCUUCGCUUGUGAUGUGGAAAAUGCAAUUUAUUGAUGAAUCGCGAUUUCUCAUAAAAUUUGGGAGUAUCGACUGUGUGACCGGACGCCAUCACGAAAGUGCCGCACACACAACUUUCUUCGUGAUAUACAAUUUCUUGACGACAGAGGUCUCAUCCGUAUACGACAAUGCUUCCGAGGAAUUUCUCACGGAAUUUGAAAAUUCACCAGAGAUCUUUCAGCGAGUCGCAUUUAAUCAACCAUCUCUGUGUGAUUCUGCCUACUCAAAUAACAUUUAUGCAAAAGCAGUGUUGGAAAAGCGUUUGUACGCGAUCAGGCAUGCACGUAACGGAGGACCAUCGCAGGUUGUGAAACGCGUUCUCUCAUCCUUGCCCUACAGCCCUCAAACAUGUAGUGAAAGUCCCUAUUUUGACCAUUCACUAUUCGCAUAUGAUGAUAAUAUUGUAUCAGCCUUUGACCGACCCAGGCCUUGUCAAGAAAACAUUGCCAAAUUUUAUUCACGAAAAACCGGAGAAUUUAAAUUCAAACUAACAUUUGGGUUACCGAAUAAAACUAGCAUUCGAACAAAGCGUUCCGUCGCUCUGAUCGUACAUCCGAAUUUUCCGUUUAUCAUUUCUGUCCAAUACACCGUUCUUCAGUUGCCCAUCAUCAAUUUCCACGUUCGAUCAUCAUCAUGA